CUCCUCCUCUUCCUCCUCCUCCUCCUCGCUCUCUUUCAGGUCAAUGAGAGCAGCAACAGCUCGGUCUGAAGAGCAAAUCCUCGCUCGCUUCCCCCUCUUCCUCUCUUCCGUUCUUCCUCUUCCUCUCCACCAUGUUGUCCUCUCUUCCAUAUGUUGAUCUUAUUUUAGUGACUCUGCCUUCCUCCUCCUCCUCCUCCUCUUCCUCCUCUCUCUCUCCUGCCCUCCUCUCCUCUGAGUUUUGACUCCCUCUCUUCUCACACACACUCACACACUCUCUCUGUCACGGGAAAAUGAAGCGUGGGUCGAGUGUGUUGCAGCCUGCGCCUGAUGCAGCCACACGAACACACUCCGACGGCGAGCGCUCGCCCGACGCGCGGGCUGCAGGUUCGAGUCCCUUCCCAGCAGCCACCUCUCUGUUCAGCCCCGACGUCAGCGCAAAGAUGGCGUCUGACCUGCUCAUCAGGCUGUCAGAGGCCACGCAGAAGGCCCAGAUGCAUCCUGGGAGCCGGGAGGAGGCGGGGAAUCAGGACGAGCCGGGCCCCGCCCUCUCCCCGGACGGCCCCGGGGCCAGCCCCGAGCCGCCCUGCCUCACGCACACGCCCGACGGGAACGCCGCCGCCACCGACACGCUGGCGUCCGACCUGCUCCGGAAGCUAGCAGAGCGGCAGGAGGAGAGCGGCCUGGUGGUGAGACUGAAAGAGGAAGAGGAGCCGAUGGAGGUGGACGCCAUGGUCCAGAACCGACCAACCGCAGAGAAGGUGACCCCGCCCACCCUGAAUGUCUUCCCAAGGAGGCGAGUUCGCUAG